CCGGAACGUAGAAGCCGAGCGAGACCGGACCGGAGCGCCGGAGCGAGGCUGGACCGCAAGAGCCGAAAGAAGCCGGACCGGAGAGCCGCAGCAGGGCCGGGCGGGCCGCCCCGCAAGGCUGCUCCUUCAUCCCAGCGGAAACCGCCGGCCCGGCCGAGCGCAGCGGCCGCUGCGAUCGCAGUCGCGGCGGAGGAGGAGAGGCGGCUCCGGCAGCGGAACCGCCUGGCGCUGGAGGAGGACAAGCCGGCCGUGGAGCGGUGCCUGGAGGAGCUGGUGUUCGGCGACGUCGAGGACGACGAGGACGCGUUGCUGCGGCGUCUGCAGGGCUCGCGGGGAGUUCCAGGCAUCGUUCUAGGCAAUGGAGGAGACACAACAAUGGACACAACUAGACAAAAAUCCCUCGCUCUCUUGGAGCAUGUGUACUAGUGGCAGAAGAAGAAGAUAAAGUAAAAUGCGAGUUCAAGCACAGGAAGACUCAGAUGAUUCGGAAGCAGAGAAGGAACCAAAAGAUAAUUUUCUAUUUCAAAAGAAGCCAGUUUGGGUGGAUGAAGAAGAUGAAGAUGAUGAAAUGGUUGACAUGAUGAACAAUAGGUUUCGGAAAGAUAUGAUGAAAAAUACCGGUGAAAGCCAACUUUCAAAAGACAAGCUUCAAAAGAGACUGAAGGAAGAAUUCCAGCAUGCCAUGGGCGGAGUACCUGCCUGGGCAGAGACUAACAAGCAGAAAACAUCUUUAGAUGAUGAAAGUGAAGAGGAUGAAGAUGAUCUGUUGCAAAGGACUGGGAAUUUCAUAUCCACAUCAACUUCACUUCCUAAAGGAAUCCUAAAGAUAAAGAACUGUCAGCAUGCUAAUGCGGAACGUCCCACUACUGCUAGGAUUUCCUCUGUGCAGUUCCAUCCUCGUGCUCAGGUUGUGAUGGUUGCUGCACUAGAUAAUGCUGUAUCGCUGUUUCAGGUUGAUGGAAGAACAAAUCCUAAAAUCCAGAGCAUCUAUUUGGAAAAGUUUCCAAUCUAUAAGGCUUGUUUUAGUGCUAAUGGAGAAGAGGUUUUAGCCACGAGUAUCCACAGCAAGGUUCUUUAUGUCUAUGAUAUGCUGGCUGGAAAGUUAAUUCCUGUGCAUCAAGUGAGAGGUUUGAAAGAGAAGCUAGUGAGGAGCUUUGAAGUCUCUCCAGAUGGGUCCUUCUUGCUGAUAAACGGUGUUGCUGGAUAUCUUCAUUUGUUGUCGAUGAAGACUAAAGAAUUGAUUGGUAGCAUGAAAAUUAAUGGGAGGGUUGCAGCGUCCACAUUCUCUUCAGAUAGCAAGAAAGUAUAUGCCUCUUCAGGUGAUGGGGAAGUUUAUGUUUGGGAUGUGAACUCUAGAAAGUGCCUUAAUAGAUUCGUUGAUGAAGGCAGUUUAUAUGGAUUAAGCAUUGCCACAUCUAGGAAUGGACAGUAUGUGGCUUGUGGUUCUAAUUGUGGAGUGGUAAACAUAUACAAUCAAGAUUCUUGUCUUCAAGAAACAAAUCCAAAGCCAGUAAAAGCUAUAAUGAACUUGGUUACAGGUGUUACUUCUCUGACCUUCAAUCCUACUACAGAAAUCUUGGCAAUUGCUUCAGAAGAAAUGAAAGAAGCAGUCAGAUUGGUUCACCUUCCCUCCUGUACAGUAUUUUCAAACUUCCCAGUCAUUAAAAAGAAGACUAUUUCUCUUGUUCAUACCAUGGAUUUUUCUCCCAGAAGUGGAUAUUUUGCCUUGGGGAACGAAAAGGGCAAGGCCCUGCUAUAUAGGUACUGCUUUCCCCGCAGCUUAGCUGUAAAUAAGGAUAUCAACCAUAGAGAGAUCUAAAAGUUAUGCUCUGCCCAGAUUCUUUUCUGCACUCAACAUAUUUGGCUAUAAAGCGGGAACAAACAAACUCUAAUUGCACAGUUGCUAGAAGAUACAGGUGACGAGGUGGCUCUUCUGGGGGAGCUGAUGAACUGGAAGCCUGUAACUUCGGUCACAGCCUCUGUCCUUGCUCCCUUGAGUUGAUGGUGAAUAUUGCUUAGGACCCUAUGUUUAUGUGUGUAUGCUUCAGAUACUGAAAUCUGGCAUGAAGAAAAGGAGGAAUGUAAAUUGGUUUUGAGGAGAUAAUUGUGAAAAGAGGAUAUAGCAAACAGUAUGAUCUCAAGUUCUGCUUUGAAAGGAAAAUGGGAUACACCUGGAAAAUUGAUGCAUUUCAUCAUUCUCCUUCCCAAUCAUUUUUGGAGUGGUUCUUUUAGUUCAAGUUUUAUAAAAGCAUGCAGGUUCCUACUGCACUUAGAAAUUCUCUCCCAAAGCUUUGAUUUUAUUAUAAUUGCAUCCUCUUUUCUCUAAGUUUAAGCACUAGAAGCAUUAGGGUCUUCUUGAGAGCACUGCUAUCUAGUGAGACUGUUUCUAGCAAGUGAGUUGGACUAACAUGUCUGUUGGGUACGACUGAUGAGGUAUUUCCUAGACCCCCACUGAUGCUGUGGAGCAAGUGUAAUUUUUUUUUUAAAGAUUUUAUUUAUUUAUUCAUGAGAGACAGAGUAGGCAGAGGGAGAAGCAGGCCUCCAUGCGGGGGGAGCCCGAUAUGGGACUUGAUCCUGGGAUCACACCCUGAGCUGAAGCCACCCAGGCGUCCCACAAGUGUAAUGUUUUUACUAAAAUCUGAGGAGUUAGCUUUAGGAUCCUUCAGAAUGUCAGAUUGAGGAGUCUUAACCUAGCUGCCUGGUGAGAAUGAUUACGAUCACAAUUUUUCCCCCUGAAAAUCUUCCUAUUUGCUAUUCCGUGAUCUGAUUGACAAUACUCCUGGUAAUCACACAGUUGUUUA